UUCAAUCUAAUGUCACUCUUUCACUGAAAGAGCGGCGUUGGAUUGGCAACACUGAUGGCAUCAUAACCUCCAAAUUGCGGAGUGAUGAAUGUUGUUGAUGGAUUGUAAUCCGCCGAGAUGGUAGACGAGUCGACGAAGAAGACUUUGAGUAACAUUCCGUUAUUACAAACCAAGGCGGGUCCUAGAGAUAAAGAUUUGUGGGUGCAGAGAUUGAAAGAGGAGUAUCAGGCUCUCAUUAAGUAUGUUAAGAAUAAUAAAGAGGCAGACAAUGAUUGGUUCCGACUAGAGUCGAACAAGGAAGGUACCAGGUGGUUUGGCAAGUGCUGGUACAUUCAAAAUUUCCUGAAAUAUGAAUUUGAGGUAGAAUUUGAUAUUCCCAUUACAUAUCCUACAACUGCACCUGAGAUUGCUCUACCAGGAUUAGAUGGUAAAACAGCAAAAAUGUAUAGAGGUGGUAAAAUCUGCUUAACUGAUCACUUCAAGCCAUUAUGGGCUCGCAAUGUUCCCAAAUUUGGCAUUGCUCAUGCAAUGGCUCUUGGUUUGGGACCAUGGUUGGCAGUUGAAAUUCCAGAUCUUAUAGAAAAAGGCAUUGUAGUUCAUAAGGAUGAGGAAAAGAAAUCGUGAAAUAUAUGUGCAAAAUAACAAAAAUAACAAAAUGCGAUUGUUGUACGAGUUAUUUUUCAUGCUUAUAAUUCAAGAAAAAAGAAUUUAUAUUAAUAUAUAUAUUUAUAUUGAUAUAUUAAGUUUUUACAAUAUAGAAUAUUUACAAUAUCCAUCGCGCUGUCAAAUAAAGAUUAUUUAAUGUCGGCUACUUAUCGUCACCCUU